GUGGUCCAAACAAGUAGGUACUACGUACCUGCUCAAGUCGUCAGCCUCUUGUGUUGUUGGUUCUGGUAGGGUUGACGUCAUUGUUAGCCUUAGGUAAGCUGCUGUCUUGGUUCCACCGUAUACCUAAUAGCAGGCGAGAGGGAGGACUUCGAAAAGAAACCCCUUUCGGGCUUCUCUGCCCCAGCACUGUCCGAAUCGCCAGCCGUGUCGGACCUCCCCAACCUCCAUAGGCACCGAAUCUGUACCGCGAUCGAGGAAAUGGAACACGGAAGCAAUAAUAUGCGACCCACGCCCUUUUCUAUGGAUCUAAGGCCCGGGUUCUGCUCCUUUAUGAGCCCACCCUUCGCAACUAGGUCCGAUGUGAUAUGCGAUGGGCGCCAGGGCGCCGCCAUUCAUACAAAUAGAUACGCAUGCGUCGAAUCUAACUAUAUCUUUGCUUUUGCGACUUUGACUGCCCUCUGUAACUCUUCAAUAUUUCGCAGUCGAUUUCUGAGAAGAUAAGAUCGUACGCAGCUACGGUCGUUUCAGUGAGCCCAGCGGAAGGAGAUCUUGAACGUUGAUAUAUACCCAUCUCACUGCCUUACGCCUUGAGGCGGCCUGUCGCUCUUAAUCUCUGCAUUGUCUUCCGCUAGAUCUGCCAUACCUAGCUCUUCCCCGCCCGUCUCACCCUACAACACCCCGAUGGCCGCUGAGCCGUCGCGAAGGGCAUCCGACAUCGAUGGCCAUACGGCAGCGACGGCAACGGAUGGCGAUGUAGAAAAAGCGGCCGAUGCCAGCAAUGCCGAUCCCAGUGUUGUCGAUGAAGCCGAAGCGAACUACAAGCCGAAGACCCUCAAAUUCUGGUCCGUGUUGUUAAGCAUCUACUUGGCCUUGUUUCUUGUCUCCCUCGACAGAACUAUCAUCGGCACCGCUAUCCCCCAGAUAACGCAAGAAUUCAACAGUCUUGGCGAUAUUGGAUGGUACGGGUCGGCGUACCAGUUAACCACAGCCGCAUCUCAAUUAAUAUUCGGCAGAGUCUACCGGUUCUAUGAGGUGAAGAGGACUUUUCUAGCUACCGUCGCGCUCUUUGAGAUUGGUUCUGUCAUCUGCGGUGCUGCCCCAACUUCGAUCGCUUUCAUCAUCGGUCGCGCCAUCGCAGGUGUCGGGAGCGCAGGCAUUUUCACCGGCGUUAUGAUGAUUAUGCUUUCGUUGGUACCUCUGCGAAAGCGGCCGGUUUUCCAGAGCAUCUUCGGGACUGUAUUCGGCAUCAGCUCCGUCAUCGGGCCUCUCAUCGGCGGCGCUUUCACGGAUAGCGUCACGUGGAGGUGGUGUUUCUAUAUUAAUCUUCCGGUUGGCGCGGCCGCGGCGCUCGGCCUCCUCCUGGCGCGUAUACCGACGAAAAGGUCAACGCCGGCACCCCUCUGGGAACAUUUUACUCGAUUGGACCCCCUUGGCACCUUCUUCUUCGUCCCCGGCAUCGUUUGCCUCCUGCUCGCACUCCAAUGGGGUGGCUCGACGUAUGAAUGGGGGAAUUGGCGCAUCAUUCUAUUAUUUGUUCUCUUCGGCGUCCUUCUCCUCGCCUUCGCCGCCGUCCAGAUUCGAAUGCCCGAUACUGCGACGAUUCCCGUGAGGGUAAUGACCCAGCGCAGUAUCGCGGCUGCAGCAUUAUUCAUGCUUGCGAUUGCUGGCUCGAUGAUGAUGUGCAUAUACUAUAUGCCCUUGUGGUUCCAAGUCGUACAAGGUGUGAGCGCCACGCAGUCCGGCGUCAACACACUACCCUUCGUCUUGAGCCUCGUCGUUGGCAGCAUUCUGUCCGGAGGCUUCACGCAGAGGGUCGGUUACUAUGUGCCGGCGAUGUUGGCUUGCCCGGCUAUCAUGGCCAUAGGUGAAGGGUUGAUGACUACCUUUAGAGUUAACGAAACAACUGGCCACUGGGUUGGGUACCAGUUCAUCGCAGGCUUUGGAUUAGGUAUGGGGAUGCAGACAGCCGGUCUCGCUGCCCAAGCAGUCCUCGCCAACCCGGAUGUUCCGAUUGGCAUUGCCCUGAUGUUUUUCUGCCAGCAGCUGGGCGGUGCCGUCUUCACGUCUGUAGGACAGAAUCUCCUAAGCACCUAUAUGGUCGCACACGUGGCGGAAGUUCCUGGCCUGGAUCCUAAACAGAUCACUAACCAGGGUGCCGCUGACGUCGUUAAUAAUGUCGCCCCUGAAUAUCAGCUCGGCGUGAGGGAGCUCUAUAACAAGGCUAUCACGAAGAUCUUCCUCUGCUGCAUGGGAAUCGUACUCGUCGCCUUCGUCGCCGCCUUUUUCGUGGAAUGGAAGAACAUCAAGAAGACGGGGCCAAGCGAGCUGCCGAGGCCGUCUGAAGAAUCAACGACAAAGGAAUCGCCCUCUUCGAUUUCCGAGGAGAAAGUUGGCAUUCAAAGCCUCACGGAGAAAGUGUUAGCGACGCCAGACUCGGCGGAUCCCGCUUUGCUCCCCUCUGACCGGUCGGAUAAGGACGAACGCGAAUCUAAGGAAUCUCGUCCUUAGUAUCAAGCCACGCGAGAUCGAGACAUACGUGCACUGGGGAAACCAGCGAUGGGUAGGAGACAAGCGCAUGUUUUGGGUAAAGGACCAAGAGGGAGCGGCGUGGAGCAUUUGGGUUUGAGGCUUCGAAGAUGUUUUGGGUGCUGACACCAGCAAUGGCGUUGGUUUUGUAUUGAAGCAUAGAGAAGGUGACUUUGAACUGAUAUAAGACUGAGAAUAUCCGUCGAACACUGCGGAGAGGGUAUUGGGGCAGUGGAACACUAGGCCAAGUCUUAGAAGAUGAAUGAUGAGUAAAUAGAGGAUAGAUAUCAUCCACAAGAGAAAUCGUCUCCCGACGUAUCGUACAAGUGAGAAGUCGUGGAGGCCUCAGGGCGCGCGCAUGGACUGAGCAAGUCGUUUUAUUUGUACGUCGGUACGUAGCCAGGUAGGUAGGAGGUACCUCCCUCCUAGAGGUACCUCCCAACCCCG